GUACGUUCUGAACUGCAUGGUCUGGGACUUAGAAAAUUUUCACAGCUCGAGUGUCCUUCGGUCCAAGUGCUGCAGUUAGAACCGUGCACGGCGCACUGACGAUCUCGUGCCCUCUUCUGAACUAUCAUCAUCAAGAUCAGUGCUAUCGUGGCCGCCAAGUUGCUGUAUUGCGAAGAUCUGCAAAAAUAGUGUGCUAACAUGAGUGUGGAGACGGCCAUUCCUCCACCAGCGGACUCCUCAAAGUUGAUGAAUGGUACAACGGAUCGACCAAAUGGAGUAAGCAACGGCCAUUCUGUCUCCGGGGGCGAAAACGGAGAUCGUCAUAAAAGUCACAAAAGUUCAAGUAAGGAUAAGCACCGAGACAAGGAUCGCGACAAAAAUCGAGACAAGGAUAAGCACCGUGAGGAUCGAGAGAAAGAUAAAAAUCGCGAUAAGCACAAGAGCAGCAGUAGUAGUCAAUCGACAUCCACGAAGAGCAGCAGCAGCUCGUCGAAGGAUAAACAACGUUCGGAUAAAGAGAAGCAUAGCUCAAGCAGUAGUAGCAAGGACAAGGAAAAGAGUCACCAUAGCAGCUCUUCGUCGCACAAAAGCUCCAAAAGUGAUAAGGAUCGUUCGAAGGAUAAAGACAAGGAUAAACAUCGCAGUCGGGAUGAUGGCAAGGAACGCGAUAAAAAAGAUACCGAUCGGGAGCGCGAUAAAAGUAGUCGCAGUGACAAGGAUAAGCACAAAUCGUCGAGCUCUUCAUCGAGCAAAGACAAGGACCGGGAGAAGCAUAAGAGCAGCAGCAGUUCGAGCAGAGACAAGGAUAGAGAAAAAGAUAAACAUUCCAGUAGCAGCAGUUCGAAGAAAGACAAGCAUUCAUCGUCAUCGUCGUCCUCGAAACAUAAGGAACACCGUAGACGGGAGGAAAAAAAUCGCCGAGAAGAUGGUUUGACUGAGGUGAAAGAGAAUACGGAAGUAGCUGUAGCUCCGGAGGCUUUCCUGAACGGCGAUGGGCAUAUUGUAGGACAAAAUAAUUCAAUGCAUCAAAUUCAUGAUGGAGGAGUACCACCGAUGAAUAUUUCGCAGGCCAGCUCGUGCGAUUAUUCUUUGUCGCAAUUCCGCGACGACGAGACUCCUUUUGCACUGAAAGUAGAGCCCAUGGGCCACGAUACAUCUAAUCAGAACGAACAUUACCGAACGAGUAAUGAGGAUGAGGAUGAUGACGAUGGCAGCCACGCAAACGAUUUUAACAAUGAGAGCGUACAUCAUGAACAGCAGCAGCAAAUGCAGCUACUCUAUCAACAGCAGCACUUACAGCAACAACACCACCAAGGAUAUUUCGAUGGCAUGCAACAGCAGCAUGGACAAUAUCUGCAGCAUGCAGUAAACAUCAAGGAAGAACCUGUCACCUGCAAACUGGAACCACACUCAAAUGAUGGAUCUGAAGAUGAUAUUCCGUUAUCAAAGCGGAAGAAAAAGGAUGUUGAUGAGGCAUUCGAGGAUCCCGCUAUCAAGAAAAAGAUAAAGACAGAGAAGAAAGAAAAGAAAAAGAACAAGAAACGAGCGUAUUUGUCAGAUGACGACGAGGAUGUGAGCACCAAGAAGAAAACGAAAAAAUUAAAGCCUAAAACUGAACCAACAGGAGCGCAAAAGUCCGUCACUAUCAAGUCUGAACCGUCGACGGAAGCAAGCCCCAAGAAGGGCCGCAAGGUUAAGGAAGAAGAGGAACAAGAGGUGUGGAAAUGGUGGGAAGAGGAGAAACGCGAUGAUGGCGUCAAGUGGAAUUUCUUGGAGCACAAGGGACCCGUGUUUGCUCCACCCUACGAAAGGCUCCCUUCGCACGUGAAGUUCGAGUAUGACGGGAAACUAAUGCAUUUGUCGAAAGAAACAGAAGAGGUGGCAGGCUUCUAUGCAAAGAUGUUGGACCACGAUUACACCUCCAAAGCGGCCUUCAACGAAAACUUCUUCAAAGAUUGGCGCAAAACGAUGACGGACGAGGAACGCAGUCGUAUCAAAGAUUUGGCAAAAUGCAACUUCCGUCCUAUGGCCGCCUAUUUUGCAGAAAUAGCGGAGCAAAAUCGUAAUCGUACCAAGGAAGAAAAGGCAGCUCUGAAAGCAGCAAAUGAGGAGCUGGUGAAAGAGUAUGGCAUAUGCGUUAUCGAUGGACAUAGGGAGAAGAUAGGCAAUUUCAAAAUUGAACCACCAGGCCUUUUCCGCGGCCGCGGCGAACAUCCGAAGAUGGGCAUGGUAAAGAAACGCGUCAUGCCCGAGGACGUCAUCAUCAAUUGUGCGAAGAACAGCAAUGUACCGCCUCCCCCUCCGGGUCGUCGGUGGAAGGAAGUACGCCAUGAUAACACUGUGUCUUGGCUAGUCUCGUGGGUUGAAAAUGUCCAGGGACAGGUGAAGUACAUUAUGUUGAAUCCAAGCUCAAAGCUGAAGGGGGAGAAGGAUUGGCAGAAGUACGAGACGGCGCGUCGCUUGUUGAAGUAUAUUGAUCACAUUCGGAACACGUACCGUGACGAAUGGAAGAGCAAGGAGAUGCGCAUCAGGCAGCGCGCAGUUGCCAUGUAUUUCAUUGACAAGCUAGCGCUGAGAGCGGGUAACGAAAAGGACGACGAUCAAGCGGACACGGUCGGCUGUUGUUCGCUGCGAGUGGAACACAUUCAACUGCACAAGGAGUUGAACGGAAAAGAAAAUGUAGUUGUUUUUGAUUUUCUUGGCAAGGAUUCGAUUCGAUACUACAAUGAAGUAGUUGUAGAGAAGCGUGUCUUCAAAAAUUUAGAACUAUUCAAGGAGAACAAAAAAACUGGGGACGAUCUUUUUGACAGGCUGAACACCACCGUAGUGAAUGAGUAUCUAAAAAACUUAAUGGAUGGACUCACUGCCAAAGUAUUCCGUACGUUUAACGCGUCAUUCACCCUGCAAAGUCAGCUGGACGAGCUGACGGAUCCCAAUAUGUCAGUACCAGAGAAGCUGCUGGCAUACAACCGUGCAAAUCGUGCCGUGGCAAUUCUGUGUAACCAUCAGCGAGCAGUACCGAAGACACACGAGAAAAGCAUGGGCAAUCUGAAGGAAAAGAUUCGCGUUAAGCGUGAACAGGUCGACCAGUGCCAAAAGGAAUUGAAGGAUCUUAAAAAAAGCAAUGUUCGUGAUGCAAAUGCGUUGGAGAAGAAAACUAAGCAAGUGGAAAGACUAAAGGAACAGCUGAAGAAAUUAGAGCUCCAAGAAACAGACAGAGAUGAGAAUAAAACCAUCGCUCUUGGUACAUCGAAAUUGAAUUAUCUGGAUCCUCGCAUUUCUGUGGCCUGGUGUAAAAAAUUUGAAGUACCAAUAGAGAAAAUUUUCAACAAAACACAGCGUGACAAAUUUCGAUGGGCUAUCGACAUGGCGGAUGAAAACUACGUGUUUUAAAAAUGCCACAUACAAUCGGUAUCUUUUUAUUAAAGUCUUUCGCGAGAAUGAAAUGGAACUUCACAAAUAGCUAAUGAAGUCAUGGAUUUAUAGGGCAGUGUAAAUCGGCCAAUCUGGGAAUUCUUUAACUCUGGAAUCACCUUUGGUAAGAUCACCGUUGUUCGGUUGAUGAUAGUUUGUCUAAGUACAAGCAAAAUUAUCGUGACUUCAUGACUAUCGUUCACCCGCUUCCCAUGAGUUUUAGCAAUUGAAAUGGCUGGCAAUUUAAUGUUGUUUAAUUAGGGAAUUGAAAAAUAAUUCAAUUUUAUUAAAAGUAAUUUCACGCAUUCACCCCAUUUCCACUACGCUCAAUUUUGCUUCUAGAAGCAAACGUAGUGGUGAAUAUUUUUUUAUCUUUUGUGCUAAGAUAUACAAAAAGCUCAGUCAGUAAGGAAACAACAGUAAUUUUAGUUAAACAUUUUAGUAGGGGUCGCACACGUGAUAGCAUACUCCUACCUACAGUUAGGAGUCGGUAUUGGAAAGAUUUUCUUACCUGUGGAUAAAUAAAAACAGACGUAAAUAUCUAGAACAAACAAUAUAGAGUGAACCAUUGCUAAAAAACAGAGGGAGUUCGUAUGUUAAAGUUUUCAUGAAAUUCGUCGCGUAAGUGCUUAGAGAUAAAGUUAAACGUAAAAAGAUACGGCUAUAGGAGCGAGAUCCGAAAGACAGAGAACGUUUAAUUUAUUUUAGCAAAAUUCCACCAAUCAAAAUGCUCGACUAUCCUACUACUGCAACCCCAACGUCGGAUAAGAAGGUUUUCAAGAGAGUUACAAACGGAAGCUCGUAUUCCAUCGGUUUUGGAUUUUGCAUGCGUCUGAUUCUAGUGUUCUCUUACUUUCUCUUCCCGGUGAGGGGUAAAAUGUCUCACAGUCCAGUUAUUCUCUCUCAUUCAUAUAAACAUUUUAGGGCAUAGACAAGAGUUUUGGAAUUUUUGUUUCGUUUUUAGUAAAACAAAAACUGUUAGAUAAAUUAACGUAAUUGUGAGUAAGGCGAGUGAGCGAAUGAAUUGAAAUGUAUGUGAAAUUGCAUUCGCUAGUGCAAUUCGAUUUUCGAUCUAUCCGGUGCGAUGGAGGCAGAAACCCAUGCCCAUGCAGAAACGUGUGAAGCAUUAGCAAUAAGGGGUUGCUUUUUCAUUAUAAUUACAUGGGAUGAAAGAACGCGGCUCAAUUGUUUGUAUGCGGCGCAAGUUUCUGUUCCCUCUAUUAGAUCGUGAAGCCGGGCCACUGCGAGAGCGGGGCCCCCAAGCACCAUUCUCUUCCGGCAGACAAACUUCGUCAACGUAUGCACACGCAUACGUACAUGUUUGCAAUAUCUGCACAAUCAUCAGUUUCAUUUAAUGCGAUAGUGUUUAAGCGUAUAAAUUUGUUUUGAUUUGUAACACGAUGUUACUAGGAGUGCACUCAAAAAAACAAAACAAAAAGAAAGGAAACCCAUCUGUAAAGUACUUUGAUAGGAUAAAGAUGACUCAAAAUAUAUAUAUUAAAAUCAUACUACAUGUAGAACACAUAAUUACACAAAGCGGUAUGAGAAGAAUGAAGAAGCUAAUGUCUAGUUUUUAGGAAAUGACAGAUAUACACACAGCAAGACAUAGGAUCAGAAGAUCGUGUUGUGCACUUGCUGUUGAAUACGAUUGCCUAUCUUUGCAGAUUACGCGAAUGUAUCUCUUGUGUGUUUUAAGUUCGAUAAUCGAGAUAAAAAAAAGGAAAGAUAAAUACAAAUUUCUUGAUGCUACGGAAAAUGCACAGAUUUAUAGAAAAAAAGAAUGCCACCCCAUCGGGCCGAGGUGUUCAAAAGCGGAAGUAGUGGUGAUACUAUUGCGAGACAGAACGUUUCGCUCAAGUGGUGAUAAGGAUCAAGUAACAUCGUCGGUGUAACACAGGCGACGCUGGCUGUUUAUAAUUGCAUCCCCCCUAACGCACCAUAUCCAGCAUAGGCAUUUUUAGGUUGGCCAAAUUCGGUUCGUAGUAGCUUUUCUCACAAUGAACCGCUAGAUGGCGGUUGAUCAUCUGAUCGACUGUUGCGGGCCAAACAUGGAGAACCGAUUGUCGAUCGUCGCAAUUUACUACUGGCGAUUCCGUAUGGCGAUUGCCCAGACAUCGCUACGUCGAUUGUCUGUUGUAAGAGCUGUUAAUUAUUGCCGUUACCUUAGCGAAAGUAUCACAUAAGGGGCAUGAACCACCAGAAACAGAAGAUUAUAUUCGUCAGCUAAACAAAGAGAAGUAGCAAACAAAAAUACGACACAGUUUACGAAACAGUUUAAAAAACGACGUAACCAUGCCGAACCAUGCAGCCUGCCGCGUACGGAACAAGAAAUGGCUCAGACCUACAAUGAACAUAACAAAUUGGAUAUAGGAUACUGCAACACGUACGCUGUUUCUCUUGCGGAACACAAAGAAGCAAAGCAAUCGACGGAUAAGCAACGUACGCGCGAAGGAAAUAAAUUGCGGUAAUAGUAACACGAAGGGGGAGGGAAAUGCAACACUUACGUUGGGAGGAGAAACACAUUGAGGAGAGAGAAGUGCGAAGGGCUGAUGAAUAGAUGGAUUGAUGCAGACGAUACAUGAUUUAAAUAAAUUAAAUUAAGUGAUAAUAGA